CGUUCCUUCGCCUCUCCUUGCUAGUGCCACUCGCUUCCUCUGUUCUCCGCCAGUCGUCACGACUCUUUCCCUCUUCCCCUCCUCUCUAGUCGUUGGCGUCGAGUAGAUCCGAGAUGGCGACAGCGGAUCUGCGAUUAACAUUCGGCGCGAUGUACAUUGGCUGCGUUAUCUCCGUUUCCUUCUCUGGGAUUGGAACUUUGCAAGCUUAUUAUUACUUCCGGCAGUUCCGGAAACGAGAUUCGCGUCUUAUGAAGUCAACAGUUCUUUCGGCAUGGCUUUUGGACUUUGUACAUACGGUUUUCAUAUGUCAAGGGAUCUGGCAUUAUCUAGUGCUUGGGUGGGGAAACCAAGCUGAACUGGAUCACCUCACAUGGACGGUCGGAGCAAGCAUUGCGGUAACUGGUCUGAUAACUAUUAUUGUACAAAUGUUCUUCGCAAAUCGUGUCUGGCGAUUAAGCAAGCACAAUGCCGUGUUGACAGCCGUUAUCGUAUUCCUGGCGUUCAUACGACUGGGUUCUGCCUUGACAACUACGGUACAGAUGAUUCGCCUUCAAUCGUUCAAGGCAUUCAUUAGAGACUUUCGAUGGCUUUUCACGUUUGGUCUUUCGCUUUCGUGUAUCAUUGACGUUAUAAUUACGUCAUCCCUGUGCUACUAUUUGCAAGGCAAUCGAACUGGAUAUUCAAGCAUCGAUGAUGUUCUUCACCGACUUCUCUUGUACACUAUAAAUAACGGUCUCUUGACAACAUUCGCUUCAAUGCUUGCCAUGGUUUUUGCUGCAGCCAUGCCAAAUAACUUCCUUUUCCUCUCACUUCAUUUCAUUAUUGCCAAAUGCUACGUUAAUUCAUUACUGGCAACACUUAAUUCCAGAGACGCACUCAAGAGACGAGACGACUCCCAUCCCAUGGCGGUCCAUAUUUCUGUUGAUGGCCCGAAUUCACAGCCGCGCUUCUACAAACAUCAAAUAGUACGCCUCUCAAUGGAACAUGUCGAUUUUUUUUUGGAAUUCGAAUGCUUACUUCGUUUGACUAGCCGCAUGUUCGCUCAGCGUCAGGGUCGAAUGGAAAUGACGGAAGGACAGUUCCAGUUUCCGCAGUUGAAAGUAUCGGUGUUGGUCAAACUUCCACCAUUGGCAGUGUCAAGGUAUGCUUACAACGCCAGCGAUUAG